AUGAAUGCUUCCAGUUCGCGAAGUCACGCGGUCCUGACAAUAUCCCUGGAGGCUUUGGCGAUGGGUGAGAGCAGCGGGAAAAAGGGCGGCAGUGCCGUGCGAAGAGGUCAGUUACAUUUAGUAGAUCUGGCUGGUUCGGAGCGUCAAGCGAGAACCGGAGCAACAGGCGAUCGAUUGAAGGAAGCAGCGAGCAUAAAUUUGAGCUUAUCAGCGCUGGGUAACGUUAUCAGUGCCCUGGCAGCUGGUAACGGCAGACACGUGCCCUACAGAGACAGCAAGCUGACCAGGCUACUGCGUGACAGCUUGGGAGGGAAUGCCCGGACCUUGAUGAUCGCUUGCAUCAGCCCGGCGGACGUCGACGCCGAAGAAACUCUUAGCACUCUCAGGUACGCCGCAAGAGCUCGGUGCAUAAAAAACAAACCUAUAGUCAAUGAAGAUCCCAAGGACGCGCUUCUGAGGCAGUAUCAGAUUGAGUUGCAGCGGCUGAGGAAGCUGCUGGAGAGCUCGCCCAAGACUGCUGACUACGAGGAAGACUAUGAAGAGAGGGAAGAAGUUGAGAGAGCUAAGAGAGAGCCUGAGGAUACCAGCACUGCCCAGAAACUCAGGGAUGAGCUGGAUGCCUUGAGGAGUCGGUACGAAGGCAGUAAAGAUAAUGAUAAUGACAGCAAAAUCUUGCCGAUGACUAGCAGGGAAGUCGAUGAACGCAGAAGGAAAAAACGGGAAGCAGCGCAAAAAGAGGUCAUGAAGAGAUUAGAGCGGCUGACAAUUGGCGGUGAAGCUCAAGGAAACACCGAGCUGAGAAAAAGGCGAGAAAGAAGAAGAAGACGACUUGAGAUUUUAGCCGCUGCUUUAGAAGCCAGCGCUCAGGAUGGCAGCGGGAGUGCAUUCGAAGUCUACGGGCAAUUGAGGACAACUGAGGACGCAUUGAAGAGAAUGGCCAAGCGCACAAAACAGCUCGAAGCUGAGGCACUGGAUUUGCAGGCAUCCUGGGACGCGGAACGACGUGAACUCCUGCGCCGUGAGCUGCUGGCAACACAGAUAUGUGAAGCUAUGAUACCUUAUCUGAGGCCAGGUUGUCCGUUCCGUGACCUCGUGGCGGUACGCUCCUCGGCUACUUGGAGCGACGAUUUAAAUCGCUGGAGAUUACCUGACGCAUCGUUCAGGAUACCUAUGCCACCGCCGCCACCUUUGACCCGCGACGGUAAUUUCAGGCUUAAAGCGGAUCUCAAUAAUAAUAGCAAUGGGAGCAACAAUAGCGGCGAACACAAUGACGAUGAGCAUACCAGUGAUGAUGAGUCGCGGUGCCUGAUGUUCAAAAAUGAUUUAGGUCAUCAAACCUUGCUUCAAGAUAUUGGUAUUGAAGAAUUAUAA